AUGUUCACGACCCUUCACCCCGCUCCGAUCGCCAUCUGGCCCAAUGAUCAGGACACCCUGUUCGGGCGGCGUAUGACCCCGGCCGAGCGCCUCCGGCAACACCAGCGGUCACUUCAGAAGGCUCAGCGUGAGCUGGAGCGUGAGCGUGCUAAGCUCGAGCAGCAGGAGAAGAAGACGAUGGCCGAUAUCAAGAAGAACGCCAAGGCCGGUAACAUGAACGCUUGCAAAAUCCUCGCAAAGGAUCUUGUCCGGACUCGGCGGUACAUGCAAAAGUUCACGCAGAUGCGUGUGCAGCUGCAAGCGGUGUCGCUGCGGAUGCAAACGCUACGGUCGAACGAGAGCAUGGCGCAGGCCAUGCGAGGCGCAACCCGCGCCAUGGGCCAGAUGAAUCGCAGUCUGAACCUGCCGCAGAUUCAGCGCAUCAUGAACGAGUUCGAGAAGGAGUCUGCGACCAUGGAUAUGAAGGAGGAAAUGAUGAGCGACGCCGUCGACGAUGCGAUGGAGGACGAGGAUGAGGGUGAAGGCGAGGACGUCGAGAGCGAUAAGAUCCUCCGCGAGGUCUUCGACGAGAUUGGCAUGGGCAUGAACGAGGCGCUGGCGUCCGCGCCCACCGCGAACCCAAUGGCGAACGAGCCCCUCCAGUCAUCCCGGGUUGCUGUUGCAGAGGGGGGACCUGGACCGUCGUCUGGACCGCCCUCUGCCGGGGGCGGUGGCAGCAAGGAGGAGGACGACCUUCAGCGGAGACUCGACAUGCUGCGCCGGGACUAG